UUCAUUCCGGAAGUUUAAUCUCCUAGCCAAUGGGGAGGGAGGAAAGCUGCUGAGGGGGCGAUGGAGCCGACGGUGGACAUGGAUCCGGACCCCAUCAAGCUGAGGUCGCUGAAGCACCGCGGCACGUUCACGGUGCCGCAACAAGACCGGUUGGGGAGCUGCAGAAGUGUAAAGGAGUUUGAGAAGCUGAAUCGAAUCGGAGAGGGAACCUAUGGCAUCGUGUAUCGAGCCAGAGAUACGAAGAGUGAUGAGAUUGUGGCUCUGAAAAAGGUGCGGAUGGACAAAGAAAAGGACGGGAUCCCCAUCAGCAGCUUGCGAGAGAUUACGUUGCUGCUUCGUUUGAGGCACCCCAACAUUGUGGAACUGAAAGAGGUUGUAGUGGGCAAUCACCUGGAGAGUCUCUUCCUUGUGAUGAGCUACUGUGAGCAGGACCUGGCCAGUCUGCUGGAGAACAUGCAGGCACCGUUCUCUGAAGCACAGGUCAAGUGCAUUGUGCUGCAGCUGCUACGAGGGCUGGACUACCUGCAUCACAACUUCAUCCUGCACAGGGAUCUGAAGGUAUCCAAUCUGCUGAUGACAGAUAAAGGCUGUGUUAAAAUUGCGGACUUUGGCCUGGCCCGGCUGUACGGCAUCCCCCUGAAAGCCAUGACCCCGAGGGUGGUGACCCUGUGGUACAGAGCACCAGAGUUGCUGCUGGGCACUAAGACCCAGACCACCGCCAUUGACAUGUGGGCGGUGGGCUGCAUUUCGGCAGAGCUGCUGGCUCACAAGCCCCUUCUUCCAGGUGGCUCUGAGAUUCAGCAGGUGGAUCUGAUCGUGCAGCUCCUGGGGACACCCAAUGAGAACAUCUGGCCUGGCUUCUCUCGCCUGCCACUGGUUGGACAGUACAGUUUGAGGAAGCAACCUUAUAAUAACCUGAAGAAUAAGUUCACCUGGCUGUCGGAGGCUGGACUUAGGCUGCUCAACAACCCCCGGCGCAGAGCAACGGCCAAAGACUGCCUGGAGAGCUCCUAUUUCAAGGAGAAACCACUGCCAUGUGAGCCUGAGCUCAUGCCAACUUUCCCCCACCAUCGCAACAAGAGGGCAGCUCCUGUGGCUGACAGCCAAUCAAAGCGCAGCAAGGUGUGACCUUUGACCUCAGCGGUACAUCAGCCCUAGGGACCAGCCCUGAAGCGGGAAUGAGAGAGGAACACUCAUUAUCUCUCACCUUAGUGUGAAAUCAUUCUAGUUCUGUGCACUGAAGGCAAGCAACAGUGGUCCAGAUCAGCCAUGGAGAAGUCUGUCAUGGAUCCGGUCUCUUGUCUGCUAUUCCUUUUUUACUUAGAAAUGUCACUGUGUUUAUGUUCAGUGAUGUUCUCAUGGAGACCAAAGGCAUAAAGAUAGUGCCAAGGAUCUUUUUUGUUUUUUUUUUCCUUCAGAGUAGCUGUGUCAUGUUUUUGUGAAAACUGAAUCCCAAAAAUAAUCACAGGGUAAAGGCUGAUUUGUUUGACUGCAGGGAGAGCAGCUCUGCUCAAGAAGCUCACAGGGAGAGCAGAUGAAAAAUACUGUCAUCACUCACACAAUAUUCACCCAUGUUCUGCAUCAGGCCACAGUCGGCAUGAAGCCUGUCCUAGGUAGGACAGGAUGGUCUGGAUGGGAUGCCAGUCCGUUUUAGUACAGACAUACAUUUCUUCAAGCAUCACAAUGAUGAACAUACUGUCAGAGAGCCUGUAGACCUCAACCGAACAUCCUGACAACAUACUGUCAACACACAGCUUAGGCUGCCUAAUAAGUAAUAAGGGGAAAUCUGAUUUAUGAUUGAUCAGAUCAGUGGAACCCACCUUAUUGGUCAGUAAAGCAUGACGUAAAUCACAGCGGCAUGGACCAUGGAACGUAUCUAAAGGGGAGGGGGUGGGGGGGGGGUCGAGUCCACGUGUCUUUGUGAAAACUGAGUUAUAACCUUCUGCCUCUUUUUCCAAAUCACUGAAUGCUCCUCACCUCACACCUUUUUGUUUGAUGUUGGUGGUCAGGGGCUUGGAUACCUUGGCAGAUUCAUGGGGGCAGCAUUUUUUAAGGGCCCCAAAAUAUGUUUGGGGGAUCAGUUAUGAUCAAUACUGAAAAGGACCCCCCUGCCCCUCCCUGGACUGCAUAAUCAUACGUGUUAAGAUUCGGCUGAUGCUACAGAUGACAUAAUAAUGGGAAUAACCAAAUCACAACACUCAGUAACAAGUAUCAGUCGGCCUGCUUAAAAAUCUCAUUUGUUUUAAAAAUGGUUUUAUUAAUAAAAUUGUAUUAAUUUGCACUUAUUUUUUUGUGCUUGUUCAUCACUGCAUUCUUAAUGUUGUUUCAGAACUUAGCCAGGGUACCCCCCCCCCCC